AGUUUCAUUAGAAAUUCAAAAAAUGGAAAAUUUCCCUUUUUGGCUGUCGGUCUUUGAUAACGGACAAUUAUCUUUCUGAAUUUUCCAUUCAUCUUAAUUCAUCUCUGGGAAAACCAGUUGAGUCUGCGCGCAGGCUAGUCAUCAGCAUGACGUGCUCAGAAAAUAAUUUUUUUUCGGCAUACAACCAAGGUCAGGUAACAUGUCAAUUAGGGUCUGGCCAGUGGCGGCGCCAAGGGGAGGUAUGGGGGGUAAUUACCCCCCACUUUUCUGAAAAUAUGGUUUUUCAUUUCUUCUAAAAAUGGAUUUAAAAACGCUGGGUAGGGGAAGAUAAAAUUUCCUAAGGAAAGUUAACUUGGUACAAAUCACUGAAACGAGGCAAAACGGGUGUGAUCCCACUGGUCGUGCCCAUUACCCUCCCAGUCUGUAAUAGCUGGUGCCGCCACUGGGUCUGGCACAAGUAUAACUGCCGAAGGGACGCUUUGAAUCCUUGUUAAGGGGGGCUGAGCCCUCCAACAUCUCUCUGAAUUUUAGCAUGGCGGCUUGGCCUUUCUGAGCCCCACGACACCUGGUAAACAAAAGCACCUGAAUGUCCUUGUCUUGUUCUUCAGAUGUCAGAUUUUGUUCUUGCGACCUUCCUUUUAGAUUUCUCUUCAGAGUGAGUUCCCUCUUUUUUCGUUUCACUUACUCUUCAAGAGUCAUAAUCACGAUUGAGUUCAAUGUUCAAAAUUUGUUUCUUUUGCACAUGGUGCGAGUUCCACAUGAGCCACCCAUCAACUAAUCAAAAAAUAUACACAACCCCAUAACAUCCACCCUGACCACAAGCCUCCAACCUCGCCCUCACAACCUCGGAUUUUCCCACAGAAUGUUGUUUGUCGUGGUAUAUCAUCGCCGGGCUAAAUUUUCCAUCGUACACCCUUACACUCUUCUUUUUAAAAAAAAUAACUUUGUAAGAAGUCUCCAAGUUGGUCAAAAAGUAAAGACAAAUUAGAAACAAGCUGAGGCUGAGCUGCUGUAAAAUUCGAUUAUGAACAAUGUUUUAUUUCAAAAACGAGGGUUUUUAGCCAUGUGUUGGUGCUUUUUCGGUGAAUAUUCAAACUUGUCGGCAAAUUGAAUUUGUCUCGCUAUCUUUGUUGGCAAAUGAGGCCUGAACACCUCCCUGGAACAAAACAGCUGGCAAUUUUACUGCUUAUACCCUAUUUAAUUAAGAACAAAUUAAGAACAAUCCAGCCUCAGAUUUUCAAAAAAAUUAAGAACAGUCAGCAUGAACUAAUAUUUACUGGAUCUUAUAAAAAGAGUGCAUAUUUCAAGAAGAGAUUACGAACAAUCUUCAUAGUUAGUGGCGGAAAUUCAUUUUUCAAGUGGGGUGGGGGCAAUGCAUACAAAAGCAAGCAAUUUUGCCGACAAAUUGUAUGGGGGCGGUUGCCCCCCUACACCCCCGCAAAUUCCGCCACUUCUCGUAGUUAUGGAUAAAAUAAUAACAGCCGCCCUUAACCGCCAUUUACUGGCUCUUAUAAAAAAAUGCGUCUUUCGAAUUCAACAUCAAAGCCUUCUACUGUCGUCACCCAUUUGUUUUCCUCAAAAUCAAACCUCGUUGGGAACCAGUCGUAAUUUUCCUUGAUUGCGUCCUCGGUAUGCUGCGGGGGAGUUUUGUGGGAAUAGACAUCAAAACAUGAGAAGCGAGAAGUGAUAAUAGAACAAGAUGGCAGCAAGUGAGGACGACGCUGGUAGUCAGCAAUGCCAAAGCCACGACCAUGACGACCCAGAGGGCGAUCAAAGCCUUGAAAAUGGCAGCGAUGCUUCCCAGUGUGCUGAAGAGCGAAUUCGUGUCGAUCGUCGAAAGCUGGAGAUUCUCUUGCAAGCUGGUCUAAAAGAAGGUCAGAAUAAUUCAGAAAGCGGCGAAGAAUUCUUUCAGAAGAUUCAGUCUGCUUCAAACACAGUUAUCAGCUGGCCAUCAAGACUCAAGAUUGGAGCAAAGUCUAAGAAAGAUCCACACAUCAAGGUGGCCGGACUACCCGCGGAUAUCAAGACAGCAAAACAGAUGAUUCUCUCAGUGCUCGAUGUUAAAACAUCCAGGGUUACCCUGAAGAUGGAUGUAUCAUUUACCGACCACUCCCAUAUAAUUGGGAGGGGUGGAAACUGCAUAAAGCGAGUUAUGCAGGAGACAGGAUGCCAUAUACAUUUUCCUGAUUCAAACAGAACUUCAUCAGAAAAGAGCAACCAGGUUUCUAUCGCUGGGCAUCCUCAUGGGGUUGAAGCUGCCCGUAAACAAAUCAGGGAACUGCUUCCGAUUGUUCUCAUGUUUGAAGUGCCACAAAAUUGCUUGGCUGUACCCGAUAGCACUUCUACAGCAAUCCAGAGUAUUGCGCAAAAAUACAAUGUUAGCAUCACUUUCAAGCAGCGACCACGUGCUUACGGCUUCAUUGGAACAGUCAGAGGUCUACACUCGGACCCUAUCGCAGUAAGGGAUGCUGUUCUAACAUUGCUUGAGCACCUAACGGGAACUUUGCCGGUGACUGUCCCAGUUACGACACAAAUAGAGAUUGAUUGCAAGCAUCAUACCUUUAUAAUCGGGCGAAAUGGCAGCAACAUAAAGCAAAUCAUGCAACACACAGGAGCAAGUAUACAAUUCCCUGAUCAGAAUGGCAUUCAAGGGAAGAAAAGCACCGUAUUUAUAACUGGCCCUAUUGAGUCGGCAAUCACCGCAAAAAUACAGCUAAUGGAAUUCCUGCCUCUUGUCCUAAUGUUCGAAGUGAAAGAUGACGAGGAUGAUUUAGUUUCAGAUACAAGACUGAUCAAUAAGCUGAUUGAAGAGCUCGAUGUUCUUAUAAAUGUCAAAUCGAAGCCACGACAGGGCACCAAAUCGAUCAUCGUGAAAGGUAUCGAGAAAAAUGCGCAUAAUAUGCACCUCACGAGAUGCACUCUAGUAAAAGAAGACUUCAGUCUGGCUCCAAUGAUUUCCGUACCACUUCCAGCACCACCAAUGAAGUUGGUCAAUCCGUACUUUUACUCGCCUAGAAUUGGCAUACCAAUGCCUGGAAAUGAAUUCCCGACGGCCCUUCUUGCUCCAGCCAUGAACGGGAAACUCCAAAUCCCGUAUUCGGUGAACACAAACAACAAUGAAAUAAUCACCUCAAGCCCGCUUGGGAGUCCACUGCAGUCAAACUCUACCAGUCCGAACUCGGUAUCACAGAACGGCCCGCCGCUAAAGCUUACGGUCAACCCGGUUGUAAGCCAGUACAACCAAUCAAAGUCGCCGAAUUCGCAGGCUUCUGGUGAAUUGCAGAAAAGAACUGAGAUACCUAUCUCUGUAACGAGUGAUAAAUUGAUAUCCAGUGAUUUGGUGCGCACAAUGAGUGUGGACUCUUGUUCAAGCACGACGACCACAAUAAUGAUGGUAGGCAUAAAAGGCAGUAACAGCACUGGCCAUCUCAGUCGCAUGAACGGAGAAGCUUCAUCACCCACAGUUCGAAAUGAAAGCUUGGAAAAAUCAGGAGGCCCAGAAAAAUUAUCAGCACUGAGAAAGCCAAACAAUGGACCUUUCACGGAUGCACUGAGCAAACGAAGAUUCAUCAGUGAUACUAAAGAAAAGAUUCAGAUGCCCGUGGGAUCUAGGUUCUCACCAACAGCUGGUCAAGAAAGUUCGCAUUCUUUGGCCCUCAAUGGCUCUUGGAACAGAUCACGUCCUACAAUAGAGGUGCUCGGUGGAGUGCGAAACGCCCCAUUCUCCGGAAAUGAUUCUAUUUCACCUGACCCAGUCUUAAGCGAUUCGCAAAGUGAGCUCAGUAUGAGUGGCAGUCUGUCUCAGACAUCGAAUUUAAUCGAUCGACUACCAUUCAGAAAAAAGAAGUACAAUAUUGCCGAUUAUGAGCUCAAAAGACAAAUGGCAUCAAAAGCGAUGACCAAUGAGACUGAUUACGAAGAGGUUCGAAUGCCUACUGGAACCUGGAGUGGCUUUGGUUUUUCGAAAUCGAUGCCCGAGUCAACACUUAAAGACUUGUGGUUAAAGACAAACAAAUCACAGACGAGCAAGUAUUCAUUAGUCGAGAAUUUUCAGCAUUCUCCAUCUCAGUCGCUGAAUUCGUCUGCCUCUUCAAAUGAAUCCAACCAUUCAAAUGCGUCAUCAUCAUCAUGCUCUUCGUUCAGUGGCCCCGAAAACAUGUCAUUAAGAAGAACGCAAAACAGUGGUCCACCACCUGGACUUGAAGGGAAACCAGGAAUGGAAAAUGCAGCAUUGCUAUUGAAUAAUAACAGUACGUUUGACUUUACCCACGUUCUCUCAAAUGAAUCAUCCCUCGGCACUCUAGCUGCAGUGACAGAUUUAUGCGAUUUGUUCAGCCGAAUAGGACUUGGAAAAUAUUCUCAUGUUUUUGUGGAACAAGAGGUUGACUUGAACACCUUCAUGCACCUCACAGACCAAGAUCUGAGAGAAAUUGGCGUGUCUACAUUUGGAGCUAGAAGACGAAUGAUUCUGGCUAUUCAAGAUUUGAAGAAAAUCCAUGGCCAGCGUGACUUGUCGAGCCCGUCGACAGUCACAAAAACAACACUACCCCAAGCUUUAGGCCAGAGGUGUGUACCAUUGGACUUGGCCAGUAGCAGUCUUAGAUGGUGAGGUACAAUUUUUAUAUACGAUAAUCAUUGGGCCGAUUAAUAGAUUCAUUGCACUUAGAUGUGUGGUUAACAAUCAAGCCUUAACCUUGCUAGUUCAAAACUAGAUGAAAUUCACUUUUAUGACCCAAGAGAACCAUUUCACCAGCCGUAAAACCUGGCAGCAACGGCGAGUCCAGUUUAGUACCAAGGAUUUGCGUACGUUUUUAAAGCACAUAGUAAAGCGACGUCGCGUCAGUGCCUUCGGAUGAGCAAGGAAGACGUUUAACCUAUCCUCAUACAGCUGAAGCUCCCGCGAAAUUCGCUGCAUACUGUCCUGAACUGUAGCCUGUCCUUAUCAACAUACUCUCAUUCGGUGAAAGCAAACUUGCAAGGGGAAUCAAUUAUAACAAGGACUCACGGGAUGGACAUUUGAAGCUAACAACAUUAACUGCUGUAAAAAGGGACAAGGCACAAGUGACGUGAAAAGACAGUUUAUAUGGCUGGCACGGAAAUCAACACCAGUCAUUUUAACAACAAUGACAAUGAGACGAACUUCUUGUUUAUUUGGAGUUAUCUCUUCAAUAUGAAGAUGGUGCAGUUUAUAAGAUGGUUGGAAAUGCUGAGUAAUGUGAAAGACAAAGACUUUAAUUUCUAAGUAAUGGACUCAAGUAUGGACGUAUUUCGACAUUUUUCCUUAGAUUUUUGGUAGAUGUAAAAGUUUGUGUAUCUAAGGUAUGGAUGUCUUCACCUAGCUUAGCAACCAAUGAGAUUUUAGAUACGGUGCACAAGACGACGAUGAGGCAAAGCGCUAAUCAGAUUAAUGAUGUAGACACAUAGCGAAGACAAUAGCUUGAAAGGAGAUCUUAGGGUAGCCCUAAGUAAAACUAACUCUUAUUUGGGUAGCUCUCCUUGAUUCCUUCAAAAGCCUCAUAAGAACUCGUAAUUUAUCGAUUUUUGCGGAAAUAGAAUAUAUUUUUGCCAGUUAGUCAUACAGUUUUCCAAAUGCUGUAUAGUAUUUCAGACUGAUAAAAUUAGGCUUGCGUAAAAUUCGCUUAUUCUAGACUGUGGGAAACUUAACAUCGUAAAGUCAGCCCAUCAAAGAGUUUUGUACUUUGUUUAAGGUACUACUAAAGUUUAGGUCAUUAAGAUCCGCCAGAAUAUCCAAUAGAGAAUGGUGUGUAGAUAUGUUGUGAAGUCAGUUUCAGCUAGGCUAAUUUGAACGAAUCGAAUGCUGCAAGAAAUGCGAUCGCUGAAGAAUUUUAUAAGAUUUGAUACAUAAAGUCAUGCAGCAGAAGGUGAUUCGUGAGAGAGAAUUCGCCUAGUUUGAAACCAAUGUCGCUUUCAGUAAAGCUGUGAGGGAUUUGAGUUUCAGUUUUUUCUUUUGUAGUUGAGCAUUUGGUAGAAAUUUAUAAUGAGUUGUAAUUUGUAAAAAAGGUGUGAAUUUAUCUUUACCAUCGAUCGUGCGCGCACGUUUAAAGAUUUAGGUUAAUAAUUUUAUUCAGUUUUUUACAAAAUUAAUUUUGAUAUCACUUCAUUUGAAUGCAAUUAAUAUGCAGAAAGGGUUAGUGCAAUAAAUUUUAAUGAGUUUUAAUUACACUAGAAAUCGCUCACAAAUCGAUGAUUGCAAUCGCCCAUGCAAUCGUUGAUCACUAUCAAUUUUAGUUAAGGCUUUGGAAGUUUGCUUUGAACUUGAGCACGACAGCUUUUAAGAAAUCAUAAGGAUUUUCGUUAGAUAUGUUUUAUGCUAAUUUACUUAAAAAAUUUCAUAUGUAGAGUUAUAUUUCAAGAUUUUUUUAAUCAAAAGACCGUUACGUUUCUGGGAGGUUUUGAUGAAUGAGAGGUGAGAUGAAAAAGAAAGUUUUACCAGUCCUCCAUAAUACUGCAUGCAAAAUUGCAAACAAUGCUCAAUUUGAAAGGCUUUUUGUACGCUUCAUCCCAGUACCAAUAUCUUUUGACCAUAGUGUUCGAAAUUCAUAUUUCUAAUUCGAGAAACUAUGAGGUUGGUCCAAUCAUUGGGUUGAUCUUAGUUUCAUCGAUUUCGUAUCACGAAUCGAGUUCCAACGUGAUGACGUCACAAAAUUUAUGCUCGAGUUGUUUUGAUCUGCACCACGCAAUGCGGUGUAUAGAAUUAUAUUCACCUCAUUGGCACCAAAUUACCUGAAUAAGCAUUACAAAAUACCUUGAUUUAGAAACGUACAAAAUCAGUUAAAUUAUUGACAAAGUGGCUGAGAUAUGGUCACGUGAACUCUUUCCUCCUAAAUUCUAUGAACCAGGCCAAAAUAACAGUAAUCCGUUAGCAAAAGUCAAAUCUUUCAUAAAGUCAAUUUUCAACAGAUUUUGCACUAGAUGUAUUUCAUAGUACUUUUAUGUUAUUUCGCAAGCUCAAAAGUAUUUUGAUGACGUCACACUUGGAUGCUCGUUUCAUAGUAUUUUGACACCCCUUUUUUAUUCUACAUGAUCACCUCUUUUCAUUUUCCUUUCGAUUUGCAGAAAAUUUAAUCCUCAAUGACGUAAUUUCUGGCUUUUAGCGUAAUUUAAUUUAUGACAGUUGCUAAAUUGUUUUCUUUGAGCUUAUGAAUAUUUACAGCACUUCACAUGAAUAGAUUUUAGCUCAAUUGCUGCUUGUAUGUUUAAGAUGUCUGGCUUCUGCAUAGGGGCUUCUGGUACAUGUUGAAAACACGAACAUCUUGGUAAGGCAAGAAACCCCAAUUCUAUAAACUUGUAUCAUAGAAUUUAACAUAAGGCCAAACGGAUACUUUUUCUUGCGAUCUGGCCUUUCUUUAAGAAACCUUGAAUCCAGCAAAGAUGUUGCUCGUGACCGAGCUCUGUUCCCCAUUCGACAAAACUGUUAAUGCCUGAAAGUUUUUGAUAAUUGCUCAAGCCAAAUCAGUUGGAUCGUGUUUUCAAAGAGCUACUUGGGUGCAAAGUUGAAUUUUUGUGUGUUAGGCAAGAUCACUUCAUAAGAAGCUUUUUUUUACUGUUAAGUAUACGGUUGUAAACAUUUGGCAUGUCAGCACCAUCCCAUUGUCAAAGACCCAUGGGCUUAAUAAUUGUUUAUUUGUAAUCAUUGUUAGAGACAAUGCAAUAAUUGUAAAGGAUCGGUAGCAAAUGACUGAAAAAAUGUUUGUCCUUUUCAAGCUUUGCUGAUGUUCCGUUCAAAUCCGGUUCUAUAGUUUUUACUUGUCUUUCCAUUUGGGCUUUAUAUGAUCUUAGAUGUUUGUAUAUAAAUGAUGUUAAGUAUCAAGCCAACAGACACAAACAACUAGCAGAUGGUUCCAAUGCCAAAUUUAAGGAAAUUUAAGGAAAUUAUUUGUUCCCGAUUCUACACAUUUACCCACAAUUGGAUGUCACAAUUUUACCCUAGAGCCGACUUUCAAAAUUUUGGUUCGCCACGAAGGACCUAGGGAAUCUUAGAUAUUUGUGUUAAAAAUUCCAAAAAUAUUUAUGCGAAUCUUUUAUGCCCUUGCCUUUUCAAUCGUCAUUUGCUUUUUUAUAACUGUUAUAAAUAGUUUGUUCUAUUCUACCAAUUCGAAAACAAAAGUUCAGAAAAACCAAUAAAUAUCGAUUGCCUAGGAGUCCCUCCUGGCAUUGCCCAAUGGAACUUAAUCUGUUUGGAUUAGAUUGUAUUUUAAUUGUGAGGGUAAAUUUUUUUCUCGUCAGCCAUUUUAUGAAGUUAAUAUUUGGGUAUAUAUAUAAACAUAUAUAUUUCGAUGCCGCUGUUGUACUAUAUUGCCGUUAGUAUGUACAUGUUUAGAAGAAUUGUUAUCCUGUGGUUGUGAUAUUGUCAAAAAGCACAUUCUAAGUUGCAAA